UGGGUGAGUGUGGCAAGUCCUAGGAAGAUGAGCCCACCCCCGUCAUCCUGCGUUGCAGGACUAACUUUGUGAAGAGAAUGGUGAAAGAAAGGACAUGAAAUUAGCUUUAAGGAUCCCGUGAUUGUCCACAACAUUGGCUGCAAAAGCAACCCAGCAGCACCAUCACCAACACCACCACCACCACCACCACAACCGGGGCCCUUUGCCCAUAAGUGACCCCUAACCAAAAACCAAUAAUUACGCAUAUCUCUGGGCAAAAGUUCUAGGGCCGAGGGGAAUAUCUGUUUUGUCAUUUGUGCCCACAAGAGUUCUCCAAAUAUUCAGAUUGCUUUAUGGAUCUUCUCCUGCCUGGAUGUUGUGAAAUACCCGCACCAGGGAUAACGUGAUCCGAUGCCUAUUGAUCUGCCCCUUUGCAGCAGAGAGCAAAAGGGGUUAAUCAAAGAUUAGAUCUUAACCACAUCAAUAGGCAAAAUAGGGUCUGGUCAGUGCUUAUUCCAAUCAAGAGGAUUGUCUAUUUCUUUAUAAAUCUUAGAGAAGAGGAAUGAUGGGCAAUGGCUCCAUUUUGAGUGAGUACUAGUCAUCCAAGUUACUAGCCCUAUUUAUAAAAUGCAUGCCAGUAGAAAAUUAAAUGAAUAUGUUGAACUUCCAAAAAGUUAUCUCAGCCUUCAGCAAUUGAGGCUGUACGGCAGUGGGAACUUAUUCGCAUUUUUUGAAUCUAAUUAUUGAGUUCAAUGAACGAAACUUCAACAAAAGAAUACCUAAAAUUAAUCUAUGGUCUUGACUCAUUUCUUUCUAUUCAAUCUACCCUGGAAUCUAUUCGAGGCUUCGGAGCCCCGUUAAGAAAGGAAUAACGGAAUUCUGCAGUUAAAGGAAAACAUCAAAUUCCUUCUUAAUCUAGAAGUAGCAACAAUAAAGUAACGAUUAAAUAACCACUUAAGCUGUUUGAUUAGUUUGGCUGAGUCCCAAGAUGAAGGUUCAUCAUGAAUGCUGCAAUGCCCGAUUUGGCUUGUUUAUGUUUCCAGCAACAAUCUAAGCAAAAGCGUUUUCUCAGGAGAUGCUGUUUCUUUCUGUCUGUUAAUCUUCUUGUCAUAGUUGCCACGGUAGGGGUGGGUGGAUUGACUGUUGUAUUCGUUUUGAAGCCUCAAAAGCCGGUAUUUUCUAUUCAAACCAUAAGAUUAGAUGCUUACAAAUUGAAUGUUUAUUCCAAUUCAACCCUCUUUGUUUCGUCUGUUGCAUCUUUGAUCUUAAAUGCUAGCAAUCCUAACAAAAUUGGCCUAAGCUACAGCCCUUCGAGGUUUCAACUUUAUUUGGAAGGACUUCCAAUAGCAGCUAUUCGAGUUCCCAGGUUCUAUCAACCUGCUCAUAGUAACAAUGUAAGUUUGAGAACAAGGGUUUUGGUUUCUUGUGUGAAUGUUAGCCAGGUUAUGGGUGGAGGUUGGUUGCAAGAUCAGCAGGGGCAGAACAUUAUUCCAAUGAAACUAUUAGGCGAUAUUAAAGUAAACCUCCAUAUUCUACACUUAACCCUGCCAAAAAUCAAGGUUGCCCUGGAUUGUGACAUAAGUUUCGAGUAUAGCCAAUUGGCAUUCCUAAAUGAAGCUUACAGCAACAAAGCAGCUAAAAAUCUCUUUGCAUCCUUUUCAAAUGAUUCCAAAUCCUUCCUGAAGCAAUGUGCAUUGGCUAUCUACAUCUAAAAAAACCGGAGAUUUUCUUGAUAAGAAAGUUUGCCUUUUCUGAAGCUACAAGAUUCUUGUUGAUGUGAUUUGCUAAUGGCUAAAUAGCCUGACGGUCUCUUCUUCCUUAAGGAAGAUUAAGAUCCUUGCUAAUGGCUUAUAUAAGGAAUCCUGUCACCUGGCCCUCCUAAAUCAAGACAUGGAGGCAUUUGAUUCUCAAUCUUAUCAAAAAAGAAAUCAUAGGAUUCAAUUCAUCUUACAGUUUUUACAUCAAUAGCAUGAUAUGAUUAUCAGCCAGCCAUGAUGUCUUUUCAUUAUAAUUUCCAAUUUUUUUUUUUGAAAAAAAAUCCUGCAGCGAACCAUGGGUAAAUUACUAGUUACUAUGUAUUUCAAAGAUCAUGUAUGACUAAGGUCUGAUCCACCAUUUUCACUUACAAAUCCAGCAAGAAAUUCACAAUCAGCAA